UUUGUCCUCUGCCUCUCUGUCCACGUUUUGUAGUUUUGCAGAACGAUAAAAUUUAAGCUUUGCGUUUGUUUCUUGCUGUCGAGAUGUAGAAGUCUAUACCUCUUUCGAGGGACUCCUUAGCACUGCUUGUGAUGGUCGCAUUAUCCAGCGCAGGUCACCUUCUUCAAUCAUGUUGACCAGAUUGACAUCAAAAAAAAUGAUGUUACUGGCAUUACGUGACGCUCUUGCGCGGCUUGCUCUCACGUUUUUGCUUUUGCCGCAAUGUUGGGGUCGUUUUCUGGCGUCACAACGCCAGGAACCCGUUGCAGAGGAUGCGGCAGACGGUCAACUUGAUGCAGCUUUGAAUACUACGACUUCUCCUCCUCGUUUCUCUGAUGGGCCAACGAUUUCUCGUGUCCGAGCUGUGGCAGCUGCUGCGCAAGAACAAGAGGACGAGGACGAUGCCGAGUUUGCCGAGGUAAUAGGCGGCCACACGGCCCGGCUCCUACGAAUGGACCGCAUUUUAGGGGAUUUGCAGCGCGUUCGUAAGAGGCACGACGAAUUGGCACGCGAGGCUUUGGCGGUCGGUCUUGAGGCAAAUGCGAGUGUCGCAGCCUUAUCACCUUCUUGCACUAGUACUAGUCGGAGGACAGGGACAGCUGCGACAGCAGAAGGAUUGGACAUAACUUCGGUUAAGGCAUCCCCUAUUCCAUCUUCGGAAUCAUCUUGGCGCUGUCUCAAAUAGGGAAAACAUGAAUCCUAAGAUGACGCCGAAACAUGAAAUCCUGUAAGAAAGCAGCUCCAAGACCAAGAUGACCUGCAAGAUGGACAAUUGGGGUGAAAGUUCCAAUUCGAGACCUUCCCUCUACGGCUUGCCCACUUCAGCAUCCUCUGGCACACUGAGCAUAGUAGCAGGAUCUUCUUCCAUUAUAUUAGAGGGUGGCCCCUCACCUGCUUCACCGGAUUUGGCCCCUUCACGCCCACCGGCGC